AUGCCCCCAGUAAUUCCGCCAAAAUUCUCCAGGGUUGACACAGCACGAAACUCGCAAGGCUAUCACAGUGUAAUUGGCGUUGUGGUUGAUUGUCUGCCCAAGCGCCAGUCGAAUGGGACCUCGUUUACUGUGACAUUCACCCUCAAGGAUUCGGACUACGAAUCCGGAAACAAGCAUUGGGAAGGUCUCAAAGUAAAGUAUUUUAAAAAUGACGAGCAUCUACUUCCAGACGUGAAAGUAAAUGACGUGAUUCUUCUGCGCCAGCUACGAGUGCGACUUUAUCAAGGGACAUUACUUGGUGUUGUUGCGAACACCGAUCAUGUCGCGUGGGCUAUCUUCCGUCAACCUGAGGGCUCAGGGUCCUUGGUCAUGCCAGAAUGUAGCGCUGGGUCUCAGGACCUCUCGCGCGAGGAGACGGCUUACGCGAAUUCCCUACUAAAUAGCGCGACGCACGCUCAAACCGGCGCUACAUCGAGUCAAACGCGAAAAGCAGAAAGAAGGGCGGCCGCCAUUGAAGUGGUUGAGAAAGCCCCCUCUAUCGCUACCAAUAAAAGAGACAAAUUCUGUCUGAUAAAGGGUUUGACCCCAGGUGAUUUCGCCGAUCUCAUCGUUCAUGUAGUUAAGACUUGGUACGAGGAUGACAAAGUCAACCUAUAUGUCACCGAUUACACCGUGAAUAAGUCUCUUUUCAAUUACGAGGACAAGUCUGACGACGAGGACGAAGGUCGCACUGGCGAUAAAUUCGGCUAUCUACCAAACAAUAUACGCCCCAGUCAAGUGUGGCGUGGACCAACAGGAAGGAUGACCUUGCAGAUAACGCUGUGGUAUCCGCAUUCUACAUUUGCUAGAGAAAAUGUCAAAGAGGAUUCUUAUGUAUCGUUGAAUAAUGUCCACGUCAAAUCAGAGAAACAGUAUGGGAGGACGGAGGGCAUCAUACACACUGACCGCAUAUAUCCGGAAAAAUUAAAUAUCCACAUCUUGGAUAACGAAGACGACGAUCCGCGUUUUACAGAACUCAAGAAAAGAAAACGCGAUUAUUGGAGGCAGAAUAAACUCAAGAGAGGGCAAAUUGCCGAGGACCUGGGAAAAGACGGCUGUUCAAAAAAGAGCACAAAAAAGAAGAAGAAGGAACAGAAGAAGGAGCAACCUAUCCGGAAAGAAGAGGGACAGACCGAACUUGAUAUAAUUCGCCAGGGAAAUAAACCCAACCCUUACAUACAAGCAAAAGAUCCUGCCAAAAAAUCUCGGACUGUUUUGGACAUUCUGACCAAUAGCUCUCAUAAAAUCUCUCUCCCUGGCGGCAUCGAAUAUCGGCUUCCCUUCCAAAAUGUCAAAUACCGCACAACUAUUCGAGUUGUCGAUUUCUUUCCCCCUAACAUUAUCGAUUUUGCCGCUCCGUACAAUCCAGACUCCGGUAUGCUAUCUGAUGGUGACAUGGAUGGGGACGAACUUUCAUCGAGCGCGAGCCAAGUCAGAUGGGAAUGGCGUUUCUGUCUUCUUGUCGAAGACGCAACGAUCACACCUGGCCAACCUCGAGAUCAGAUUAAAUUGUAUGUCAGUGGAGCUGAAGCCGAAUUCUUGCUCAAGCUUGAUGCUGUAGACCUACGAAAAAAUAAGAACACACUCCUUAGACUCAGAGAAAAGCUGUGCAUACUAUGGGGUGAUUUGGAGGAGCGAAAAAACAUAUCAACUAAUGAUUCAUUUCAUUUACAGCAGAAGAGUGCUUCUCGGUUACCCUUUACCUGCUGCGUUAAGGAAUACGGAGUUCGGUGUCCAUGUCAAACGGGUGAUCAUCAUCUGACGGAUUCUGAGCACCGAGGUCAAUGUCUCGGCUGGGAAAGAAGAUUUGCUUUAUUUGGCACUACGAUUCAUGAAGAUUAA